AUGAAGCUUCUUACUGAUCAAGAAAUAAAGGUUUCCAAAUCAGAGUGGGAUACAGAACAAUGGAAAAAUGAGAGGGCAGGAUUCCAGGGUGAACAGGAAGAGGAGCCAAAAGAGGCCAGGAAAGUGCCAGGAUAUAACAAGAAACUCCUCAUGGCAACACCUGUGAUUGGAGUAACAACAUUUUUUAUUAUAAUUUUCUGUCUCAUUGUGAUUUGUCACAGGAAAGAGGCUACAGAAAGAAGCUCAAGUGGCUUUUUUCCAUCUCUCCGGAGUAAGAGCUGCUCAUCAGAACAGGAGAUGGAGGAGGGCGGGUUCUGGAGAAGGCGGCCCCUUUGGCUGAAGGAUAUGUAUAGACCUCUCGGUUCCACGAAAACGAAGAGAAAGGUGGAGCAGAAGCCACGGCACAAUGAGAAUGAGCUUUUCAUGAAAAUGUAA